AUGCAGGAUUUAGUGGAAUCUGUCAAACAGCUUAGUAUUCAAUUUACACAAGACCAGGAGUGGAAGCGAUAUAUUCAAGGAGAUAUUUUAUACAAUAUUGGAGAUGUGAAAUGCGCUAACGAUAUGCGAAGUUUUGUUUCGGACGAAGAAAACAAUCUGACACUAGAGGAAACUCAAAAGUACUUCAACGUGGUUAGAAAGGCAAUUUCGAAUAUUGCUAUUGCACGAAUCGGAAAUGUUGAUGAGGAUCAUUUAGACAAAAUCAGCAAGGUUGAACAAAUUCUGAAUGAAGCCGGUGAAACCGCACUUGUAAGGUGGACGAGAUUGGCUUUCAAAAAGUGUGGAGUUGAAAAUCAGAAAAAUGAAUAUGUUGCCAAUCUUGAAUUUGCUUGCUUAUCGUUUUGGAGAUCUUCAGUAGAAAGGAAAGGAAAAAUCAUAUUUUUUCCCAGUAUUCACAUUGAAAUUGCCCCAUAUCUCCAAUCAGUCCGAGUCGUUCAACUUUUCGAGUUCAAUACUGAAGAAUUGAACCGUAUUCUUAAGAAAUAUCCUCCAGAAUUUGUUUACGAUUGUACUGACAAGAUUGAAGCAUCGGAAGAAGAGGAAAUGGUAGAAUCAAAAGUAGUUAAGGAGCCGAAGAAAAAAGUGAAGAAAAUUAAUUCAAAUCCAAAACCGAAGUUAACAAAACAAAAUAAGAAAGGACUCACAAGUACUAUUGAAAUGGCACUUAAAACCGGGGAUAAGAAGAAUCGAAAUAAGAAAAUAACAAUUGCACAACGGUUACAAAUAAGUCGCAGCUCGUCAGUGAAACGCACUGACAAUAAUGUAAAAAUGCAUUUAUACUCUGAAGUCACACCAUUGUGGAAAAAGGAAAAACAACUUAAAGAAAGAAUUUCGGAGACGGCAGACCAUAAAAUAGAUUUCGUCACAGAGACUUAUCUUGGCCCAAUAUUUCAUAUAUCGUCAUUCGAAUCCGGAAAAAAACCGCAAAAGUUUGGAUCUUGGAAUGUUUCAAUAGAAACAGAAUUGAAUGAAAAAAAGUUAAGUGGAGAAAGUCUUCAAGUGGCAGUCAAAGUUCCUGUUGAAGAAGUUUUUCUAGGCUCAAAUGAGCCAGCAAUCGCAUUUCGUGAGGAAAACUCAAAUGAAUGGAAAAAAGGAGUAUUUACAACACAUACACAAUUUGAUCAAAAUACAUUCAUUGUAACAACUCGACUUUCAAAACUUGGCUUUAUCGGCUUAUUCCAACACAGCGAUUUUCACUAUCCCUAUAAAAAAUGGGCGAUUCAAUUCAAAAAGGAAGCUAUUUCGUUCAAAUUACAUACUAAUGUUGUUGAGCUUGCGUUUAUUAUUGAAGAUGGAUAUUUCCAUUUGGAUACGUUGACCGGCGAUGAGUUCAGCAAACUGAGAAGUCUUCAUUUGAAAAAAAUGCCCCUGCGUGAUAUCAUAAUUUAUCUUGAAAGACACGGUGUUCAUAUUGUUUCAAAUGAAGACAUCAUUACAAAACAUCGUGACACUAAAAAAGAUCUUGAAUUAGAAAUUCACGCUUAUCGAAUGAUUUGUUUAAACCAGAUUGAUUGCGAUUCUUGCCGGAUGAACAGUACAGUUUCAGCAGACACAAUAGUUGUUAACAUUAACGGAGAACCGAAAAGCAUUUCAAUAAAACCUGGAAAAAGGUUUGUCGGAAAUUUGGGAGAAGCGGUAACUUGUCCGCCAACUCUUGAUAUAGUUUUACUUCUUGAUACAUCUGGAGAUUUGGAUGACGUUUUUCUACAGCAAAAGAACUGGACAGUUAAAAUAGUCAAAGAGCUUCCAAUACACAAUGAGGCAGUUCGAGUAUCUCUGAUUCAAUACGCAGAAACUGCGAAAACCGAAUUUAAUUUUGCGAAAUAUUCCGAGAGGAAUGAUAUAAUUGCUCAUCUAGAGAAUAUGACAUUUGUUCAAGGAAAUACAAGAACUGGAAAUGCGUUAUUUCAAGCCGAUAAUGAAUUAUUCUCCUACGAAUCUGGAGCCCGGCAGAAUUCUAAUCGUCUUGUUAUUGUGUUUACGGAUGGACUUUCCAUUGAUGAUCCAACGAAAGCAGCAAAAAUUCUAAGAAGGAAAGGUGUUCAAAUCUAUGCAAUAAGCGUCAAUAGUAUAGGAUUUGUCCCGGAAAUGCUUGGAAUAGUUGGCGAUGCCGACAAUAUUUUUGGACCAAUGGAUGAGAAUCGAAUUGUGAACAGACUUCUUGAUGAAGUUGAAAAAGCUCGAUCAUGUGAUGUGCCUGUUAACAAAAAGGAAAUCCCACAAAAUGAGAUUAAAAUUACUUUACUACCUGAUGUUAAGCAAUCCCUGGGAAAAGAAGCUGAAAGUCUCAGCACGAUUAGCAGCCAGCGAACAUUGAAACCAACAAUAUCCUAUAAUAGUAAAAAGAUUGUACCAACAAAGCGGCAAGAACCCCUUUCUGUGGUUACAGCGUUUCCAACGCUAGUUAAUAUGGAGAAAGCGGUGACAUUGCCCGUUAAUAAGAUGCUCGAAUUCAAACCAAAAAAGAAAAUCAGAAGAAUAAUUAAACGUAGAAGAAAUGUUGCACCGAAUACUGUCGAUAAAGACCAUAUCGGUGACACCCUACCAGUUCCAGUAACAUCUUCUCCUUCCCGAGCAGAUUUUCGAAAUCUUCAUAAUGGAGAGUCUGAAAAUGAAAUUUCUUCCCAAGGGGUUCAGUGUCCUAUGGAUAUUCUUUUUGUUGUCGAUAGCUCCGGCUCAAUUGCAGGAACAUAUGAAACUCAGAAGGAGUUUUUGACAUCUCUUUUAAAAAAGAUUGAACCAACAAGAAGCCAUCGCGUUGGACUUAUUCAAUUUGCUGGUCCUCAUUUACAAAAGAUGGAAUGGUCGUUUGACAGCCAUUCCAAAAACUCGCAAUUGCUAACGGCAAUUCGUAGUGUUCGACACUUAACUGGAACUACCUAUAUUGGAGCUGCUUUAGAGCUUUCGUUGAUUCUUUUGGAAUCGCGUAGAAGAAAUACCGAAACAACUGUAAUACUUGUUAGCGAUGGAUUUUCUCAAGAUGAUUCAACUCAGCAAGCUAAGCUGCUCCGCCAGCUUCCAAAUGUGAAAAUGUAUGCAGUUUCAUUGACAAAGCUCACCAACACAAAAUAUCUCACAGAUAUUGUAGAAAUCAUGUAUCACAUGCUACCAUUGUCGUAUAAACCCGAAAUAAGAUCAUCUCGAAGACAACAUGGAGCUUUCCAAAAUAAAGUUGCGGAAUUAGUUGAUAAGUUGUUGCAAGAAACUGAAGUUGUAGACUCAGAUCACCGUAUUGGUAACAAGUUUUUCAACGCAAUGGACACAUUUUUCUCAUACGGGCUGCUAUCCGCUGAUAAAGCCUAUUGGCGAUGCAUUCGACAAUUCAUGCCAAGAGCAGAGCGCGAAAUGUUAAUUGCUGAAUGUGGAAAUGCGAAUGACAGAUUUUUGUCUAUUGGAUGGCUGAAAACAGCUUUAAAUAAAGGAACUCUUCACUUCCAGAUGCUUGCCAUGAAUAAUAAUGUGAAUAAAGUUUAUCUGAAAAAAUUUUAUCAUGUAAAUUCCUGCAUAUGUAACAGUGGAUUGCUCGAAGCUGUAACCGAAUCAAUUGGAAAACUGCAGCACAUCCAAUUUGCUUUCUAUACAACUCGCCAUCUUCGACCGGCUCCUGCUCAAGCAAUUGUUAUAGAUUCUGCAGUAGUGCAGCUGUCAUCGCGGCAAGUCGCAAGGCAAAGAAGGAUGACGGAAACAGAAGCAUCAAGUGACACUAUUCGUAAUAUUGUUCCACCCGCGAUUCCCGACUUCAACGACGCAAUCGACCCAGAUGUUCAAUUGGACGAUAUCGUUAGAAAGCGAACUAAUCGAUUGCAGACUCAGCGAAUAUAUGAUGCUAAAAAGGCGACUGCGGAGAAAGCAAUCGAGGAAGAGCCAGCAGAGCCGGAGAUUCAAGAAAAAUUGGAGGAUUUGAUGGUUAAAACAAUGUCCAUGGCUCAUAUGGAGGCACCAACAACUUCAAACUUGCAAGAUAUAUUGAAUGAUCAGUAUGAAGAAGAUAUUCACUGCUACGAGUUGGUUGAAGGAGAAUUUGAACUUGGACAAGGAGAUGUCCUUCAACUAGCGAUGAACGUAUUUGAGAAAUCUUCGGAACGCGUCAUCCAAACUUUCAUCAUUUUCGAAAACUUUCAUUCUAACGAACAAACGGCUAGAUACCUGGUGCUCACUAAUUAUAAUAUAUACGUGUUUCAAUUUGUUGAUCAUACUGAAAACGAAGAUUCCGAUAAUUCAUGUACCCCGGUUUUGGAAUCCUACAUUCCUUUGUUAAGAAUUCCACACGAUCGUCUUACGACUAUUUAUGUUGCAUCUGACAGUUUGUCGUUUCUUCUGACGUCAAAUGAGGAAGGAUUCAUUCGUUAUCAAAAUGGCAAAGAGCAAGAGGACGUAAACAAAUGUUCGUAUUGGGCGUCUGUCGCAAGUUAUGAAGCCGGAACUCGGCUUCUGCACGCAAUUCUGAAUCUUGUUGAACAUACAAGCCGUGACGUGCGUCCUGAAAUCGAAGUUGAUAAUAUGAAAUACAUGGGAAUGUUUAAAUCCAAUCUAGAGGCUCAAUUAAGAAAGGAAAUCAAUAUAGAAACAACUUCCUUGAACUACUGGUACGAGCAACAACUCAAUGACCCUAGGCUACCAGAUUGUAUGACAGGAUACCUCUACAAAAGCGACUGUGAAGUAAUAAUCGAAGCCGACAAGAGGAAUAUUUUCAUAUUGAAAACUCCUCACGGCAGUUACGAAUUUGAAUGUAUGGAUAAAGAAGAGUUUUCCCGAUGGGAAUCUAUAAUGACACAUGCUAUUGAAUCCGUGGAUAUGAAGUUGUUAAUCACACCAACGCUUACAACAUUCUUCAAUGACGAAAUUACAUUCGUUCAGGAAGGAGAAAAGUUUUGGAACGACGGUUUCUUACGCAUUCUUCAUACCAUCAAAGCUGAUAAGAUUGUCGAGGCUGUUGCUGUGAUACCAACUGUGGACGAAAAACCUUUUGGAAAUGUAAAUUCCGCAUUCUGCAUAAUAAUGUCCGAUGGUGUUUACCACUAUUUGUUCCUUCGAUUCCCAAGCGAAGUUGCUCGUCUUCAGAACAAAUUCACGGAAUUAUAUCAGAAGCCAGUAACUCUCCUCAAUAAGGAAUACUCGAAGACAAAUCCAGGAAAAUUGAUUUACAAUACAUGCCGGACCGUUCAGUAUCCUUGGCAUAUCUAA